AAGCUCUGUUUCUUUUAGACUUCCCCGUCGAUUAACCUUGCCAAGGUACAACCGUCUCUCAGGAUCAUUCUUCUUGUUAUAUUCUUCACCCAGUGCUUGUUCUUCCAAUAUGAGUUUCUCCAGCGCUGCAGUUGGUUCAAGCAGAAAUUUAAGAAGAGCGGUCGAGUUUGGGAAAACUCAUGUGGUUAAGCCUAAAGGGAAACACCAAGCUACUAUUGUCUGGCUACAUGGCCUUGGAGACAAUGGCUCGAGCUGGUCGCAGCUUUUGGAGACCCUUCCCCUUCCCAAUAUCAAAUGGAUAUGCCCUACUGCUCCUUCUCAACCAAUAAGUUUGUUUGGUGGUUUUCCCUCCACAGCUUGGUUUGAUGUUGUGGACAUCAAUGAAGAUGGUCCUGAUGAUGUAGAAGGAUUGGAUGUGGCUGCCGCACAUGUUGCAAAUCUGUUGUCGAAUGAGCCUGCUGACAUCAAAUUAGGUGUUGGAGGGUUCAGCAUGGGUGCAGGAACAUCGCUAUACUCUGCAACUUGUUUUGCUCUCGGUAAAUAUGGAAAUGGCAAUCCUUACCCUAUCAAUUUAAGCACAGUCAUAGGCUUAAGCGGGUGGCUUCCUUGUGCAAAGACACUGACUGGCAAACUAGAAGAGGAACAGAUCAAGAACCGAGCUGCAUCGUUGCCCGUUUUAGUUUGUCAUGGAAAAGGUGAUGAUGUGGUACCAUUCAAGUUUGGGGAGAAAUCUUCAGAGGCCUUGAUCGCAAAUGGGUUCAAGAAGACGACCUUCAAAGGUUACAAUGGACUCGGGCACUACACAAUCCCACAGGAGUUGGAUGAGUUGUGUGCUUGGUUGACAUCUACCCUUGGGCUCGAAGGUUGAAGCCUUUCUGUGAUAUGUUGCUUUCUGAUGAAGAAACCCCAAACUCUCGAGAGUUUCAUUGAUUUGGAUUGGAUCUUUCGGAUUUUCACGUUAAGAUGUUACAUUAAUUGGAGUAUUUAUGUGAGACAAAUUCGUCUAGUAGCUAAAGUUGAAAGAUUUAUUCAAUUUCUAUAAGGUUAUGUUUCUUGAAAA